UACUGACAUGUUUGCAGUCAAACUAUUAAUGACGAUCAUUAUCUUAUAUAUGCAUAUCAACAGUUGUGCAUGAUAUUCAAUAUAUACACUGGUGAAUUCCUAUACACGUAUAGAACCGAGGGAUACGUGGGAGAGAAUUGAGAUCACAAGUCGUCAACACAGACGGGAUCCGACAUGGCGGGAAUGACGGGAGUUUACAAUUUUACGAGUGAUGUGUUUCGGGUGACGGCUGAUAUGAAAAAGAACUUCGACGAUAAAGGAUACAUUUUAGUUAGAGGUAUGUUUGAUGGAAAGGAGAUGGCAAAUCUGCGCAAAGUCUUCGAGGAAACAGACUUGAUUACAGACCAUGGAUUGCAAGUUGGCGAUGGAACAGGCAAAAAAACUAAAAUUGCACUCUGGACCCAUCCCGGAAGUGACGUAUCUGGAAUGAUGGCACGGUGUGAGAAGGUUGUCAAUACAUGUGAAGAUCUCCUGGGAAAGGGUGAAGUGUAUCACUAUCACGGUAAAUUACUGUACAAAGACGCAUUCACCGGUGGCGCCCACCUGUGGCACCAGGACUACGGGUACUGGUAUCGGAAUACGUGCCUCUUCCCAGAUUUGAUGACCGUGUUUGUGGCUAUUGACAAGUGUGCCAAGUCUAACGGCUGCUUGCAGAUCCUGCCUGGGUCUCAAAAGUGUGGUCGGAUUGAUCACGAAAUGGUGGCCGGUCAGAUGACUGCCAAAGCAGAGCGCGUGGCAGCAAUAAAAAACGUUUGUCCACUUGAAUAUGUAGAGAUGGAAGCGGGUGACGCAUUGUUCUUCCACUCUAACCUGCUGCACUGCAGUUCCGCUAACGACAGUCCCGACAGAAGGUGGGCCUACCUAAUAGCGUACAACACUAGAGCCAACAACCCAUUGGUCCCCCACCACCACGCCCAGUACACGCCCAUCCAAAAGGUCCCUGACAGAGCCGUGGCGGAAUGUACCAACUACACCGACUUUACCGACAAAGAGUUCCUUGAGGGACACGAGUCAAAAACGUCCAACUUCGACAAAAAGGAAACAUGAAAUUCCGCAAUGUUAAUUACGGCAACUUAGACAGCCUGUGGUAUAUCCUAUUGUAAAUAGCUAUAUAGUACGCGGCUGAACAGUGAUAAACUGUUUGAUAUUUCAUCAAGUACUGAAGUGAUAUUUCAUCUGAACCAAAAUAAAACAAAAAUAU